AUGUAUGGUGAUACUGCUAAUAAACUAAUAUUAGAUGCUAAAAGAACAUCAAACUUAUCAAAUAUAUCAUUGUAUCAAGCUGAUUUAAUCAAAGAAAUAGUUAAAGAAAUUAAUGAUUUAAACAAAGAUGUUGAAUUUUUACAAGAGCAAGAAGAAUUAAAUCAAGAUGAAGAUAAUAAGGUUAAUCAAUGUCAAUUAUUUGUAACUCAUUUAUCAAUGAGACGAAAUAAAAGAUGUUUAAUCGCUUAUGAAAAAUUAAGAAGUGAUAAAAUUGCUGAAUUUAUAUGGUCAAAUCAAGAUAAUUUAAAUCAAGAUAAUUUAAGUUAUCAUGAACAAGAAUUUGUUAAAGAUUAUAAUCAAUCGAUAACUGCCUAUAAAUCUCAUUUUAGUGAUUUAGAUUUAUCUGGAGACUUAGAACCACCAACCAAUAUAUUUAUUGAUGUUAGAGUACUAAAAGAAGGUGGUGAAGUUACUACGGAAUAUGGUUCAUUUAAUUUGAUUAAAAAUUCUCAAUUCUUUGUAAGGAAAAGUGAUGUUGAAAGAUUGAUACAACAGGGUUAUUUAGAGCAAUUGAGUAGUUAG